ACAAGAGCAACGAGUUUCUACAGACGGAACCCCAAAUAUAAAAAUAAAAUAAUUUACUGAUUUUUUUUAAUCAUACACAAUUCGCCCAAUACCGUUGACGUCUCAUCGUUUAGCUGAUCGAGUCGCAGUCCGGUCGAUAACGUGGUAGCCGGUAUUUCAGGCCACCGAGAAGGUCGUUUAUCGUAUUUAAAAAGUUUCAGCCUUACGUAACUUAAAAAAAGGGGGCCGUAACGAUGUUCAACCUCGUGUCUAAAGUGGCCGGAGCACCCCUCAAAAACGAUUUUGGGGCUCUUCUCAAGAUCCUGCCGGCAGCUACCAACGUGCAACAGGGCAGAAACUAUGCUGAACAUGUUAUACCUGACAGGCUUAAGGACAUGCCCGAAAAUCCAAACCCACGUUUUUUCGACAUGGUAGAGUAUUUCUUCCACAAGGCCUGUGUCUUGGUUGAAGAUAAACUCGUUGAGGAUUUAGCCAAAGUGAAGGGCUCAAAAUUGACCCUAGAGCAGCGUAAGGCAAAGGUCAGGGGUAUCCUCACCCAUAUGGAACACUGCGACCAUAUCAUCGAGGUAGCUUUCCCUAUUAAGAGGGACAAUGGGGAGUAUGAGGUCAUUAAAGGGUACAGGGCACAGCACAGUACUCAUAGGACGCCUUGUAAAGGAGGUAUGCGUUUUUCACCGGAGGUCAACAAAGACGAAGUGAAAGCCUUAGCAGCUUUGAUGACCUUCAAGUGCGCAUGCGUAGACGUACCUUUUGGAGGUGGUAAGGCCGGCAUCAAGAUCGACCCUAAGAAAUACUCAGAACAUGAACUUGAGAAGAUCACCAGAAGGUUUACCUUGGAGUUGGUGAAAAAGGGAUUUAUUGGACCCAGUAUCGACGUCCCAGCUCCAGACAUGGGAACCGGCGAGAGAGAAAUGUCCUGGCUAGCCGAUACUUAUUCAAAAACCAUCGGUUAUCAAGACAUCAACAGCCACGCGUGCGUAACCGGCAAACCGAUUAACCAGGGCGGUAUCCACGGUAGAGUAUCCGCCACCGGCAGAGGUGUUUUCCACGGUAUCGAAAACUUCAUUAAUGAGGAGGCCUAUAUGCAAAUGUGCGGCCUGACUCCCGGUUGGAAGGGCAAAACUUUCAUCGUUCAAGGUUUCGGUAACGUCGGCCUGCAUACGAUGAGAUACUUGGACAGGGCGGGGGCCAAAUGUAUCGGGGUGAUCGAGUACGACGGGUCCAUUUACAACCCCAACGGUAUCAAUCCCAAGGAUUUGGAAGAAUGGCGCGUUAAUAACGGAACCAUCAACGGGUUCCCCGGAGCGGAGAAGUACGAUGACGAUCUUUUGUUCCAUGAAGUUGAUAUUUUGGUGCCUGCCGCUACUGAGAAAGUUAUCCAUAUGGGUAAUGCCCAUCAAAUUAAGGCGAAGAUUAUCGCAGAAGCAGCUAACGGCCCCAUAACCCCAGCCGCGGACAAGAUUCUGAUCAAAAACAACGUCUUGGUCAUUCCAGAUUUGUACGUAAACGCUGGAGGUGUGACCGUAUCUUACUUCGAAUGGCUUAAGAAUAUUAACCACGUCUCCUAUGGCAGACUCACCUUCAAAUACGAGAAAGAUUCCAACUAUCAUCUGUUCCAAUCGGUACAGGAAUCCCUUGAGAGGCAUUUCAACCAAAAAAUUAACAUUAUUCCGUCUCAAGCGUUUACCAAGAGGAUAGCCGGCGCUUCUGAAAAGGAUAUCGUGCAUUCUGGGCUUAACUUUACUAUGGAGAGAUCUGCUAAGGCCAUGCAAGCCACUGCCCAGAUGUACGGUUUGGGACUGGACCUGCGGUCAGCGGCGUACAUCAAUUCGGUUCAAAAAAUAUUCCACACGACUAGCACAGCCGGUUUUGCUUAUUAAAACCACCUUAAAUACUAAAUAUAGGAAAUGAUUGUCGUCGAUCUUUAAGUUUUACAACGACUUAACAGUGACAAAUUCGUUCUUUGUUUUAACGAAUCAACAGUAUUUACCUUCAAAAAUCUUCUCGAAUUUAUUUUAAAAAAAUAUUCAAUUUUAAUGGGUUUUAAAACAAGUCCGAAUUUGUUACUGUAUAUUUACCGUUAAGCCCUAACUUGAAUCCUAAAAGGUAUUACUAAAGUUAACCAUGUUAUUCUUGAUUUGUUAAUUGUUUUAUUGGCUUUUUACAUUAGACAUUAAAAAAAAAAAUUGGACAAUUUUACGGUAAGGUAAGAGUACCUAUAGGUUUUAUGCCGUUAGAAAUUUGUAUUUUUCAACCCAAAACGGUUACCUAAACCCUUAAAAUAUAAAUGUUUUGUGCCAAACUACUCAUAAUUAACUCGUGAAUUGAUAAGUCUCGGAACUAACUACAAAAAAGUCAUAAUCUCCUUUAAGAGUGAUUUUGUCAUUUAUUCUAACGCUCCUUUAAUUUCUCGAUUCCUUUAUAUGAGGAUAAGCGUAUUUUUCAGAUCUGCGAAUAGGUAAGAGUCCAAGUGUGGAAAACAAGCAGGGUGUUAAAUUAAGGGGAAAAGUUAGAUCUGUUUUCAUUUAAAUGUUAUAAACUCCAGAUUGAGUAAUCCGAAUUAAACAAGUUAGGUCUCGUUUAAAAGUGCCUUUCUUAAUAUACACUCUACAAACACCUCAAAAAAAUCAAUGCAAACUAUUUGAUAUCUUUAUUCAGAUCAUAUCAUUGAAGUGAUCCCAAAGGAUUUCAGAUGAUCUCCCAGCAAAAAUCCGUGAAAAGAGGACGUGCUGGCAUUCUUAUGAGAGAGAGAAAUGUCUCUAUCCAGGCAGUUGAAGUCAUUUUUAUUAAUUCUUCAAAUCAGUUUAUGCAAUAUUCCAUAAACCUGAAAAUCUUAUUUACACCGGAUUUACAAGAGACUACAGACAACGUAUUGUCUCGGUGAAACAUCACUUUUUUUCGCUUUAUGUGUGGCCAUUUGUCUGCAAUUUCCGCUUUCAAGCGUUCCAAUGCUUAUGACGACAAUGCUAUCGACGCUUUUUCCUUUUCAAGGUAUUCGAAGAAUAUGAUUUCAUCCCAAAAUACGAAGCCCAUAAUUUUUUUAGCCGUAUAGUAAUGGGAGUUUUUGUUUCAUUGUAAGUGAACCCGCAGCUAUCAGUCAAAAUGUCCUUUCUCAUACGCAAAUAUUCAUGCAAAAUACCUCGAUUACAUGCUGAUAUUCAUGCAAAAUACUGAUAUUUAUGCAAAAUACCUAGAUUCAUGCAAGAUAUCUUCAGGAGUUCAGCGAAAAUCGAUUAUAAAAUUCAUCUUGAAAAAAUUUAACUUAAAAUCAUGUUUAUCGGUUACACGUUCCGUCUACAAAAGCACAUUUUUUUUAAUGAUCCUAUAGAUAUCGACAUUUCUUGUUCAACCUUUCUUUUCCUACCAACAUUCCGUAUUCUCUUUUUUUUUUGUCAAUGGACAUACACGUUUGGAAAAAUCAGUUCUUCAGUGCGGCUGUUCUCCUUUGUAAUGGGCCAAUUAAUAACCAGAGUUAAAUCCAAACUAAACAUCGACCUUAGCAAGCCCAGUCAUUCUUUUUUCAACUUAAUGCUUUGCCUAUAGUUGUAGCUAAAUAGCUCAAUUCCUUCUUUUUCUUCUGGUACAUGACCAUUCAACGAUCGAUCGGCCAUCAUGUUGGCUAUUAUAUUGAGAGGUAUUGUUUUAUUGAAAGCUUCUUAGAAAAAUUGGACUAUAGAUUUCCCGUACCAUUGCCUCUAAUUCUUUAACCACGAUUUCCUUCUUCCUGAACUACGCUUGCCUAAGAUUUUUCUUUCUAUAAUAAGGUGAAUAGCAAGUCAAACUCAGUUCCUACGUUGAUCUAAAUUACAACAUUUUACCGAGCAAAUAGAUCAACAUUUACAUUUUUAGCGCUUAGGAUGCAAAUCUCUGUCCAUGGACAAUUUCACUAAGGCUUUUAAUACCAUUGAAAAGCAACGUCCUAAACAUCCACAAAACAUCGCUACAAGUCCAGAUUAGCUAGACAAAGUGAUUAUUUGUAAUUAAUCAUGGUUUUAAAAAAGAGCAAUCCGUACAUUGAUAGAGCACCAGCUCGCCAAAGCAAAGCUAGGUCGACAUUUGUUCAUUAAAAGUUCUUAUGAGCUUUUGGUGGGCGCAAGUUAAAACUAAAGGAGUCUGUUGUCAAUUACGUUUUUGUUGCAUAUAGUAUCGUCAGCAUAUACUUAUAGAACAGAUGUAAUUGCUAAAUUGAAUUUAUGAUGUUUCCAUAUAGAUAUUUUAUACUGUACUAAGAACGUUAUUGCAGAGAUUUAUCUGCAUGCAGAAAGAAUGGCUCUCUUCCGUCCGAUCGUUCCUCAGGAGUCAACGAUCGUAUCAAAGGUUUUUUUAAGGGCUAAGAAUACAAUCCAAGCCAACCCAACGUUUCUCGAAUAUACUUAUGCGAGAUGCGACUGAUAUUGUGCUCUAGUUUUGUUUAAAAUCAUAUUGCCCAGAAGCUUUUAAUAUUUUUGACAUGUUGAAAAGGUUAUUGGUUGAUAACUUCUAGGCUGUCACGCCCUUUUUCAUAGAAUUGGAGUUGAUCUAACUGCAAAAGAUAAAUGAACUAGUGUAAUUAGAAUUCAGAUUAGCCAUCACUCCCUGUCACCAGUUGCCAUUUAAAUAUCUUCUAUUUCUUCUAAAUAUCUUUUCUAUUUCUCUUGAUAGAGAUUUUCCCUUUCUUAAGCCUUACCUUAUUUGCUUAUGAUACUAGUUUCUCCUUUAAUGAAAUUUUAGGUGAUAACCAUGAAACAGCCUCAUAACACCAUCAACAUCACUAUCAUACCACCGGCAAAUUAUUGUUUUCAAUGUUUUUAUAGUCCGGAUAACAAUUUUCAAGUCAUUACUGAGCCAUUUCUUCACUGAACUGUAAAAUAAAACUUCAAGACGUAUCAUUGAUAGGUUCGUACUGUCUGAAAAUCAUAUAAAUUUGACAAUAAUAGCACCAUGAAUUAGUUGAUACCGAGACUUUUGAUUCACGUUUUUUAGUCUUCCAGUGCCUUAUUUAUGCGAAAACGUCAUUCAUGUUUUGUUCAUUACUUAUAAUCUUUUUUUAAUUAUAUUUUAUGGGUUUAGCUAAAAAAACAAUUGGAGACAUAUCAGCGGACAAUGUUGCAUUUUAAUGUAGCUUCUUUUAAUAUUGUACCAACAUUGCUGAUACAGAAGUCAAUGUGACAUUGUUUCGUUAAUAUCGUAGGUAGCUUUUAUACUCUGUAGCUUUAGUCAACAAACCAAUAUUCCAUAGAAACAAAUUACUGCAUUUAGUAUUAUUUGAGCUGAAUACACAUCUAACUCCAUACAUUCCCGUUGCAAUAGUAGAUACAUAUUUAUUUCCUGUUAUGUUUGUAGUUAAUUUUAAAUUUACAUAUGUUUUUCUUCGCAUAAGUACAAACAUCAAACAUUGUAAUUUGUAAAAUUGGACAAUAAAAUAAAUGAUCGUCUAAAGUGGAA